UAUUUUGUAUCUAUGCUAAAAAAAUCCAAAUUCAAAACCCCAAACACACUCCCACCAAAACCACCACUCCACUCAGCAGCAGGAGCAGCGGAGCUGCAGCAGAAGAAGGAAAAAAACCCUAAAAAAUGUCGAAAUUCGAGUACCCUAUGCUCUCCCGUACGGACAUGAUUUCAAUCCUUGCAGAGUCACAAAUCGCCGCCAUAAUCGAAACUGACCUGAAAAAUCCAACGCCAGAUUUCGUGGCCGAUAUCUACACCCGUCUCCUAGUCUACCUCGAUCUUCUCCACGAGGAAGAUGAAGGGCAAGUUGAGUUUGCAGCUUUAGAGCAGCUUGAGAACCCGCAUUACCAUGUCGGGUCGGCCCGGAUUAUGAAUCUUUAUAUUAAGGUAAAAGAGGUUAUAACAAUGCUUCAAUGUCCUGCUGAUUUUACUCUCAGAGAUCUUUUGAAGCCUCAAGGAGAUCGCACUCAGUUUUUUCUAAGUGCCAUUCUCAAUUUCUGUCUUCAUAAAGACUCGAAAAUGAAUGAAUUGAGGCCGAUUGGGGAGGAACUUACGCUUCUUGACGAGCAGCGAAGAGGCUUGGAGGAUAAGAUUUCCCAGUUGAAUGCGGAGAUCGCGGAGUAUAAUGAUGCGAGGGAGAGAGAGUUACCGCUUGCUCAAGAGGUUAAUGGCAAAGUUAAAGAAUUGCGACAAAAGAUUGCUGACCUCAACAACCACCAGAUGUCCCUGAGAGCUUCGUAUAGGAAGUUGAAGGAGAGGAGUUCGGAAAUGGAUGGGGAGAUUUCAAGGGCCGAGUUUGACCUGGUACAAAGUGUUCAAGAGAAUGCAAAUUUACGUUCAAAAAUUGUUCAAUCACCAGAUAAAUUACAGAGGGCUUUGGAGGAGAAGAAAUCAGUUCGAGAAGAGGCAAGGAAUGCUGAAAGAUUAGCAAUGCAGUCCUUUGAGGCUAAGACUGCUGUCCUUGAGGUUUAUACAAAGGCUCUUAAGAAAAUGUCAAAGCACUUCGAUCAGAUGCAGGCAAUCCAUGAACAGGUAAAUUCUGCCAAAUCCAUCGAAAAAGACUAUAAGGCUUUAAAAGCUAAGCUCAGUGACGAUGGGCUGAUGGAUAAGUCACUUGAUGCCAAACUGGUUGAACUACAAAUGAAAGCACAACAGUUGAAUGAGUUAAAAAAGCUGUUAGAGAAAGAAAGAGAUAUGAAGUGUGAGGAAGCUACUAAAGAAUAUAAUACUAUUAAGUCGGAGGUGGAAUCCAAGAGGCAUGAUCUAGAAGCAAGACAAAGGAGGGUUGAAGCUGUAUUGUCAGAGGUGGAUGCCAUAACGUCAGAGACUAACAUGGUAAAUGAAUCUGGUGCCGCUAAAGUUCAAAAGCUAGUUAGCAAACGUGAAGAGAUUGCUGAACAGUUUAAAAAAUACAAGAACUCCUUAGAGCCUUUGCUGCAGUGUGCUAACAGUUGAAGUUGAAAUGGCUGUGCUCAUAAGAGCAGCUUGCUUGUACUAAAUGAAGUCUGAGGUUUGCUAUUCUCUAUUAAGGUCAAUUCGUGUAAAGAGUGUUUUGGAGUUGCUUUUGUCAGUGUUGUUGCCAGUGAUAUUAUGCCAUGCUCAGUCUUGAUUUCGAGCUACUUCUCUUGUAGAAUCCGCUUCUGUGAGCGAGAGCAAGAUUUCUUGCUUGAGUUUCAGGUUUGUUUUUUAGCUGAAUCUGGUUCAAGGGCUGGCGACGGUGUAAUGGUGUUUGUAGUAUCAUAGUAGAUGCCUGUUUUUGCCCAAAGUUUCUGCUUUGCGUUUAUGGGCAGCCAAGAUUUUUGGUAAUGUUUUCUUUUGGGUUCAUAGCAACCUCCUUGCAAA